CAUGCGGGGACACAGACAAGACGACAAGGCAAAACGAGAGGCGGCUUUGCCCCAUCGCGUUCCCGUCUUAGUGCAUGCUUGGAUCUCAUCCGUCCCUUCUAGCGAGUUGGCCAGAAACCUCGGACCCGCUAAGCCGCCGCUACACCACAAGUCCCCUGCCCAGCCCAACAGAGACUUACCUCCGUAUCAAACGCGAAGCUUCCAAGUGAUCGGGGCUUAUCAGCAUUUCCCUCCUCCUUUUCACGGCUCCCAGUAUAGCAUACAGUAACGGGUGAAGCUCACUCUUGCAAAUCUGGCACCGACCGUUGUUGCCCCCGGAACCACCGAUCGCAACAAGGACACACCCAAUGGCUCCCCCCUGGCGACUACUCGCGGGCAAAACGGCUUGCAUCACCGGUGGCACGACGGGAAUCGGGCGCGCCAUCACAUUGGAGUACUUACGUCAGGGGUGCAAUGUUGCCGUCAACCACCUGGGUCUGUGCAAGGACGAGCCGCUAAGAAAGAGUCUCCUCGAGGAGGCCAAGCGUCUCCGGACGGACGGUCCCAGGGACCCACCGGCCGGCGAACUGAUCGAGAUGGCGGGUGAUGUUACGGAUCCGCAGACAAGCACGAACCUAGUCGCCGAGGCCGUGAGCACAUGGGGCGCAUUGAAUGUCUUCGUGGCCAACGCGGGCAUCUUCCAAGCCUGCGACUUCCUGGCCAUAGACAAGGACACGUUUGACACAUCGAUGCGGGUCAACGUCAACGGCGCCUUCUACUCAUGCCAGGCGGCAGCAAAGCAGAUGGUCAAGCAGGGGACCGGCGGGGCGAUCAUCGGCGUGUCGUCCAUCAGCGCGCUGGUCGGCGGCGGUAAGCAGGUGCACUACACGCCGACCAAGGCGGCGGUGCUGUCCAUGGUGCAGUCCAUGGCCAUCGCGCUAGCCAAGCACCGGAUCCGCUGCAACGCGCUGUUGCCGGGCACGAUCCACACGCAGCUGGCCGAGGACGACAUGCAGGAUGACGAGAAGCGGAAAUACCUCGAGCGCCGGAUCCCGUGGGAAAGGGUGGGCAGGCCUGAGGACAUGGCCGGGCCGGCCGUCUUUCUGGCGAGCGACGAGCUGAGCGGCUACAUGACGGGGUCGCAGGUGCUUGCUGAUGGAGGCAUGUUUGUAAACUUGCACACGAGAUCCUUGGGUGAGGCCGAGGUCGAGGCCCAGCCUGACUCUGAGCGCCGUUUCACCCGGGGCCGUCUGUCGCGGGGCAAGGGCCUGCGCAAGACCACAGGAUGUUUGACCUGCCGCCGUCGGCACAUCAAGUGCGACGAGGCCAAGCCCAUCUGCCGAGGAUGCGCCAAGCGGAAAGUCCCUUGCGUCUACGACAGUAAGCCUGACUCCACGUCGACGUCCGGCUCUGGUCUUUCCGUCGUGUCCGGGUCCGGGUCCGCGGGCAGUACUGCCGCCCCCAACAGUACACGGGGAUCAAAGAUCGCCGGGUCCGACAUACCCGUGGCUGACGCUGCCACGACUGCUGAGGCCGAGUCUGUUCGGGAAGUCAUCCGGGCGAGUUUGAGUCCGGCAGCGGCCCCGGCUGCGCUUGCAUCUCUCGAGCCUCCAGCUCUUUACGGCACCACCGAGCCUACGCCACAUAGCGUCCGCUUCUCCAUUGCCGAACCCGACCAUCAGCUCGCGAAUCCCCUGGGUCGGCCCUGGGUCGGCCAUUCUCCCCAGGCUGCCCAAAGUCCGGAGGAGCCAAGGCUGUAUCAGAACAGCAUCUCUACUACUUUCGACGGUCUGCCGCCGGCGCAUCAUGCGUCUAAUGGUGGCCCUCCGGCUUUUGACCCCGCCUCCGCCUCGUCGGCGAGCCAUACCGCAGAGUCCCCCACGGCGAGGUGGCUGGGGCUCCUCCUAGGGGACGCCACGGUCGGCAACGGGGUUCUGCCGGAUAUUGAAUACGAGCUCGACGGCUUCGACAUCUUUGGCAACUCUAUCGCGCAGUCCCACGCUUCGGAUGUGACCCCGGCGAGCCCGGCGACCACUAGGGCUGGGUUGGAGGUGCCUGUGGGCGUCUCGCCGAAUACGUGUAAUCCCUCCCUGCAAGAAAGGAUCCCACAUCUCCGCAGUGAUCAGCUUUCCGAGAAGCAGGCCUGGCAUUCUUCAGAUGCCAUCGAACUACUUCCCUAUGAACAUAUGCUAUUCAUGUACUUUGUGCAACAUAUCAGCCAGUGGAUGGAUCUCUUCGAGCCCAAAAGGCCAUUUGGCACUUUUGUGCCGCAUCUUGCAAUGCACAAUGUCGGCUUAAUGAACGCCAUCUUGGCCCUCUCUGCCCGACACCUCUCCCUCGGCACUGGUCAUCCGGCCGGAUACGCCGACGCGAGCCCUCCGGACGCCAAUGAUGCCGUCCGGUACUACUUCAAGACGCUCCACUACAGCCAGAAGGCGAUGCAGUAUGAUACAUACAAAACCAGCCUCGAGCUGCUGGCCAUCUCACUCAUCAUCUCCACAUACGAGAUGCUGGACGGAUCGAGCACCGACUGGGAAAGGCACCUCAAGGGCGUGUUCUGGAUCCAGCGCUCGCAGGUCAUCCACGGCGACUCGGGCGGUCUGAGACAGGCCGUGUGGUGGGCAUGGCUCUGCCAGGACGUGUGGGCCGCCUUCCGGGAGAAGCGCAAGCCCUUCACUUUCUGGCGGCCGGAGCGGACUUUCGACGCCCUGGACCCGUUUGAGCUCGCGGCCCGGUCCGUCCACAUUUUCGCCCAGGUGGUAGGCUUCUGCUCUACCGAAGAGAUGGAAGAGACCAAGAACGACCUGGCGUCGAGGAUGUCCAGGGCUGAUGUCCUUCUGGAGAAGCUCGAGGACUGGAGGAGGCACCUGACUGUCGAGUUCGAGGCCCUGCCCGUCUCAACCAGCUCAGGAGAUGCGUUUCAGCCUAUCUGGCUUCAUCCCCCGGUAUUUGGAGUGGCUAUCCAGCUGUACUAUUGUUCCCUCAUACUCAUAUACCUCAACCGCCCUACUCUUGGUGGUCUCGACGUGUACCUGGAGCAGCAAAAGUCUUUGCGGACGUGUAUAAAGGCGGUUUGCGGCAUUGCCAUGACGCUGACCGAUUAUGCCUCUGGUGUAAUGUCUUCACAAUGUGUUUUUAUUGCUGGCUUAUCUGUCGAGAGAAUCGACCAGCAGAAUGCCGUGUUGGAAAUACUUGCCAAGUGCAGGCAACGGACUGGGUGGCCGGUGCAGCCCCUCGAGGACGAGUUGAGACUACGAUGGGAGAGACAUUGACUUGCACCAAGAAGGGAGCCUAUAUAUAUAUAUAUAUAUCAAUAGACGAACUAUAAGAGCUGUCUGGCUGACUUGUAAUAUACAAAUCCGG